AUGGUGUGGUCAAGGAGGCGCUCCGCCUGUGCUGUGCCUGCAAGCCUCCUCUCUUUGCUCCUGGUUUGGAGCACAGAUGGAUCACCACCGGUAGCACCAGCGCUGGCGGCGGUGCCGGUGCCGGUGGGCGUGGUGCUGAACCUGGCGAGCGCCAUGGACAGGAGGAGCCUCACCUGCAUUUCAAUAGCCCUCGACGACUUCUACCUCAAGCACCCGAGCUACACCACACGGGUCGAGCUGCGCGUGAGUGAUUCGCGCGGAGACCCCGUCGCGGCUGCUGCCGAGGAGCUCAUGAACAAGAACAAGAAUGAUGAGGUGAAAGCGAUCAUCACGCCUCAGACAUCAGCCGAGGUGGAGUUAUUCACCAGUCUCACGAGAAGCAGCAACACCCCGGUCCUUUUCCUCUCCACCACCGCGCCGGCAUUUAGUUCGCCGCAGUCACGUCUCUUUGUGCGCACCGCACCCGACAUGAGCUCCCAGGCGGCGCCUAUUGCCGCCAUCUUCGAGGAGUUCGGCUGGCGCGCAGCCAUCCUGCUCCACGAGGACUCGCCCUAUGGCAUCGGCAUUCUCUCGGCGCUGGUCCACGCAUUCCAAGGAUCACGCAGCCUGACGGACAGCGUGGCCGUGCCCAUUGACGCGACGAACAGCAGCCUCGACGCGGCGCUUCGUGGCAUCAGGGCCAUGCCGACACGGGUGUACAUCGUGCACAUGCUCCCCGCCCUGGCCACGCGCCUCUUCCGCCGGGCCAUGGUCGCCGGCAUGAUGUCGGAGGGGUACGUCUGGAUUGCGACCGCCGGCGUUGGGGACGUGGCGGACUGCCUCCCCAACCACGGGGACAUCGAGAGCAUGCAGGGGGUUCUCAGUCUGCAGCCUCGUGUGUUUAAAACAGAGCAAGUGAGGAGGUUCUCCGCGCGGCUCAAGGUGAAGUUUCCACAGGAGUGCCCGACUCCCGAUGACGGCCAGAGUGUGCCCGUGUCGCUGCUCUGGUUGUAUGACACGGCAUGGGCGGCCGCGGCGGCAGCUGAGGUCUCCUUUGGAACGGCACAACGGAAGUCGUCAUUUCUCGACGCUCUGCUCGUUACCAAGUUCGACGGUCUGGCCGGAAGGUUCAGGCUUGUUGACGGGCAACGGCAGGUCUCGGCAUAUGAGAUCGUCAAUAUCAGCGGCAAAGGCUCAAGGACUGUCGGUUUCUGGACGCCGGAGUUCGGCAUCUCGACGAACCUGUACUCUACUAGAGGAAGGAAAAAGCUGAAGCAGAUCCUUUGGCCAGGAAAGACAGCGGCUGUACCGACCGGGUUGAGCGAGUCACCGCCGCUUCGUGUCGCGGUGCCGGGAUGGGACUUGUUCGGCGGCGGCCAAUUCGUGAACUUUACCCACGGCCACGAUCCAAGCAGCGGCACCGGAAGAGCGACGGGGUACUGCAUAGAGGUGUUCGAGGCGGCCAUGGAGAGACUGGGAUACUCGUUUGCUGAUUACACCUACGUCCUAUAUAGGGCCGAAGAGGCACCGUCAACCGCCCAGUCGGUACGAUCAUACAUCGAACUUGUGAAACAGGUGUACGACAAGAAAGUCGAUGCGGUGGUUGGGGACGUGACGAUCACUGCGGCCAGGAUGAAUCUGGUUGACUUCACGACGCCGUUCACUGACACGGGUUACUCCAUGAUCGUGCCCAAGGAGGACAGCAGCAAGAGCAUGUGGAUCUUCGUGAAGCCGCUAACUCCAGAGCUCUGGUUCACCUCCCUUGCCUUCUUCCUAUUCACCGGCUUCGUCGUGUGGACGAUCGAGCACAGGAUCAACCCUCGAUUCCGCGGCACACCCUGGAAGCAAUUCGGCGUCCUAUUCUACUUUGCAUUCUCAACCAUGGUUUUCUCCCACAAGGAGAAGUUGGAGAGCAACCUGUCGAAGCUGGUAGUGAUCAUGUGGGUUUUUGUCGUGCUCAUCCUCACGACAAACUACACGGCAAACCUGACGUCGAUGUUAACGGUGCGGCAGCUCCAGCCGACGAUGAACGACUGGACGGAGAGCGACUACGUGGGCUUUCAGGAUGGUUCCUUAGUCGAAGACAUCCUCAAGAACAUGGGCUUCCAGGACGCAAAGUUCAGGAGGUACUCCACCAUGGAAGAAUACGCCGACGCCCUCCGCAAAGGGUCGGGCAACGGAGGAGUCAGUGCGAUCUUCGACGAGGUGCCCUACCUGAAGCUCUUCCUGUCGCGCUACUGCGAAGGCUACUCCAUGGUCAGCCCGAUCUACAAAAGUGGCGGGUUUGGAUUUGCUUUCCCGGUGGGAUCUCCGCUGGUGGCGGACGUGUCGGGCGCCAUUCUGGAGAUGCAGCAGGACGGCAUGCUUACACGCAUCGAGAACAAGUGGUUCACCCACCCCGGGGCGUGCGUGAGGAUGAGGAAGGACGUCGACAACACUAGGCUCGAGCUACGGAGGUUCCGCGGACUGUUCCUCGUCAACGCAGUCGUCUCGUGCCUCAUGCUCCUCAUCCACCUCGCCACGUUCGUCUCCUGGAAGAGUGUAUGCCGAUGGCUGCGCUCAUGGCUUCCGCGCUUGGACGCCUCCGAAGGCCGGGGAGGCGAGCCUGUGGGCAACGGCCAGGGAACGGUGGAGCUGAGUCGUCUGCAGGGUCUGGCCACCGGAGCCGAAGAUCAGCAGCAAGCAGCCACGGGGGACUCUCACUCUACUCCCGCCGAUGGCACCGAUUCCGAGGGAAACGCAGCUUCUGCCCAUGUCCCGGAGGAACCCGUUGGGGGUAACUCUACAACGCAGUCCCCCCAUGAACCUGCACCAGCAGUUGCGUCCAUGUAAAUGCAGAACAGGUGAUCGUGUGAAUCGUAUGUGUAUCAGAUUGUCAG